AUAUUCCUUGAAUUCUAUAGCGACUAUCAUCGGAGGAAAUACACACGUUAGUUAAUACAGUUUUCAGAGCAGGAUUACAUUAUGCAUAUUGGGGUAGCAAGAUCGUCAUCUUGAAAAUACCUGCGAUAUAUCAGGUAUUGGAGGGAAGUCAUUGGUCGUUGAGCGUUCACGACUGGAACAGGUUAGGACAAGUCUCCUCUCCCCAGUCUACAGUGUCGGGUGGUGGGACUCGGUGGGGGGGAUGUGUACCAGUGGUGUUCCAGCCAGCUCCAGCCAUGGGGUCAGCCGGUCGGGCUCCUCGUAUGCCCUGUGUGCCCUUGCGGUGGGACUCAUAGCCCUGGGCAUCGUCAUGAUUGUGUGGUCAAUGGUUCCCGGGGAUGCUACCCAGACAACCAAGACUCCAGGCAACUCCAGUAUAACAGUGCCAGCAGACCAUGGUGAGGAUGGGGAUGGCGAGGAAGACAAGGAAGCAGCGAAGAACUUAUCAAUAGCCUAUGUGCUGGUGGGGGCAGGGGUGGCCAUGCUGCUGCUGUCUAUCUGCCUGGGGGUGAGGAACAAGCGGAGGAAGCACCAGAGAAGACAGGAGACACGGGCAGUAGGAGUCCGCUUCGUGGACCAUGUGGCUGGGGAUGCAGGAGAGAAUUUAGAUGAGCCAGUCCCAGUCUACAACGUGCCCAGCUAUGAGGAGGCGGUCACCAGUGGCCAGUUCCCCAUCCGCCAGAGCAACUCCCAGCUGCCUUCCUACGAGGACCUCAUCUGUGCUGUGGAAAACGAGGGGGAGGGACCAAGUGCUGCCCCAGUUAAGGAGACUCAUCCUAGCAGUCCCACUCCUGAGCCCCAGCCCGCCGCUGCAGCCAACCCCAACAGCAGUAGCCGGGCCAGCCGGAUACUACGGCCCAACAGGGUACGCAGAAUCAAGUCUGAGAAACUCCAUCUGAAGGACUUUCGUUUUAACAUUCGCAACCCUACUGAUGCGAAGGUGACCAUUGAACCAAUCACUCCGCCACCACAGUACGACGGCAAGAUACCUGAGUUCUGACAGCGCCCCCCUAUAGCCUGGGAGUACUAAAAGCAUUGUUUCAAUGUUGAGUAAGACAACACUAUUGCUGGAUCAGAUGUCUAAUAAUAAUAAUGAGGCCUAGCUGUGAGUGUUCCUCCUUCACCCUGAGGCAGACCCAGACAUUGUUGCUUUGAAUCAAGUUGUUUCUCAGCUCCAUUUUGACUCGUUUAUAGACUUAUUUAUUCAGGGGCUUAUUUUCCUCUCUGUUUAGAACACGGUGGCUGUGUUUUUAACUAUCGCCCUACAGAAGGCUUGACGGGGUGCUACGCCACUGCUUAUAACUAAUAAGUUAACUAUCGAAGAUGUGCCAACUUAAAUUAUCCAGCUCAGGGAGCCAGCUAUGCAUUUUGUUUGCUAACUUGCUAAGUGGCUAGCUUGCAAGUUCAAGCUUCUUGGUUAUAGCAGACAGUCAAUCCCCUCCUGGAUCAAGAUCCCUGCUACCUAAAUUUGUUUUGUGCGUCAAAAUGAUAUGAUUUCAAAUUACUUUUUUACGUUGGGAAAGAACUAGCACCCCUUGUGUGCACUGCCGGUAAUACUGUAUAUCACAGUAUGGUACAGGAAUGAUGUGAAGGUAGGAACCUGGAUACCGCACAACCCUGCCCUACAGGACACACUGCACCAAAUACCCUAGUUUCAGACUCCUAAUGAUCCUUACAUCUCUGAAGCCACUUCCAUACCCGUCAAAAUAACUUCUCUGAACUCUCAAUAGCUGUUUUUCCACCAAGUUUUAGAUAAGGGGAAUAAUGGGGUGUUAACACUAGAGAUCCUGACCGCCAGUGUGACCCCUCACCCCCCUCCCUUUUCUCUGCAUAAGCGAGCUUGGCCCUUCUUCUUCGGUCUGCUGAUGCAAUCAGGUCCUCAAACACAAGGGAGCGCCAGGGUGGGGAGGUUAUUAAAAAGGCAUCGGGGUCCUCUGGGUCUGUCGCCACAUCAGACAUGAUGUCUUCAGUUGACCCCACAAAUCAAUGCUUCCUUUCAGCAGAGUUCUUUUGACCGACUGUCUUGAACACUUGAAUCUCAAAGCUUAAAAAAAUUCAAAAUAAAAGCGCAAGUCUCAACUUUUAAAAACUCAGUACUGUAUUUAAAAUGUAUGGAUUGGUUCACAUUUAUAAACUAACCCGUCUC